AUGGAGGAGGAUUUAUUUAACAUCCCAUUGCCCGACGUAAAGCGAGAACUUCGUCGAGGUAUUGUCGAAUGUCAAAAACGGGGGCUAAUUCAAAGCGCUAAGUGGCUCGCUGAAAUGAGCCAUGGCCUUAGUGAUGUCGAAUGUGAUGGAGAUGUUCCAAAUCGUUGCAAACAAAACAUACCGUCUGAUAAUGAGGAAGGUUGUCAAUUUCUGGAGGGCAUAUCACAAGCUGAAUAUGAUAAUUAUUUUCUCGCUAAGAGUUAUUUUGAUGUGCGUGAGUAUGAUCGAGCUGCAUACUUUGUGCGAAAUUGUGAAUCGUCUGUUCCACGUUUCCUUCAUCUUUAUGCCACCUUCUUGGCAAAAGAAAAAAAACGUUUGGACUCUACAACAGAUCGUUCGAAUUUGAAUGAUGUAGGACACGUACGAGAUAUGACAGAACUGUUGGCAGUUCUUCGUUCGGAAUAUUCGCAUGGUCGCCUCGAUGGUUAUGGAAUAUAUCUUUAUGGGGUGGUAUUAAAAUCAUUGAAUCUUAAUAAAGUGGCAAUACAAAUGUUGGUACAUGCAAUCCGACUAGCACCAAUGUUAUGGGCAGCUUAUGUUGAGCUAGCAUCGCUCAUACUGGAAAAAGAAAAGAUGCUGUCUUUAAAUUUUGGAGGACAUUGGAUGCGUCACUUUUUUGUUGCACAUAGCUACAUUGAAAUGUACUUGAAUGACGAAGGUUUAAAAGCAUACGAAGAUCUCCAACAUGCAGGAUUUCGUAAAAGUGUAUAUGUUACCUCCCAAAUGGCUCAGGCAUAUCACAACAAAAGAGAUGUGGACAGAGCAAUUGAAAUUUUCCAAACGCUACAGGAAGUCGAUCCAUACCGCUUGGAAAACAUGGAUACAUACUCGAAUUUGCUUUUUGUAAAGGAAUUGAAGACGGAAAUGGCACAGCUAGCGCAUAAGGCAGUUAGUAUUAAUAAGUACUGUCCAGAAACCUGCUGCGUUGUUGGCAACUAUUAUAGCAUUCGAUCAGACCAUCAAAUGGCCAUUGUCUACUUUCAGCGCGCGCUUAAAUUAAAUCCGAAGUAUUUGUCAGCGUGGACAUUAAUGGGUCACGAGUUUAUGGAACUGAAAAAUACAAAUGCCGCUAUACAAAGUUAUCGUAAGGCGGUGGAAGUAAAUAAGCGAGACUACCGCGCCUGGUAUGGCUUGGGUCAAUCAUAUGAAAUCCUCAAAAUGCAUUACUACAGUUUGUAUUAUUUCAAAAUUGCACACCAAUUACGUCCAUAUGAUAGCAGAAUGCUUGUGGCUUUAGGAGAAACGUACGAAAAACUAGAAAAAUUCGAAAAUGCUAUCAAGUGUUAUUGGAAAGCUUGCGAUGUGGGCGACAUAGAAGGAGUUGCUAUGUGCAAAUUAGCUGGUCUACAUGAAAAAAGGGGAGAGAUCGAAGAUGCUGUUCAGUGUUAUAUAAUGUAUUGCGAUGACGAGAGAGCAGCAACAGACAAACAAAGUUUAUACCAUGGUUUCAUGACAUUGGCGAACUAUUACGAAGGAAAAGGCCAAUUUGACAAGGCAUCACAUUAUGCUUAUAAAUGUCUCGAAUCCGAUGAGCGGAAAUCUGAGGCAAAAGCAUUGCUGAAAACCAUUGAAAAUAAACGUAGUGGGAAAACGGGAAACAGCGACAGUGAAGUGAAUAAUUCUGCGAAUGCAAACGUUAUAGCAGCGGAUACCUCAUCAGAUGAUGACAUUGAAAUGGAAUUAAGUGAAUACCUAUGUAGUGACUAUGUGUUGUCCUGUCAAUCGGAUAUGAAAGUGCCAACAAAAUCCGCGACAACCGAUGCUGAAAGUAUAACAAAUUUACAUUUGGCAUCAACUACAGCCGAUAUGAGUUUAAACGAAAGCGAGUUGGCUGCUUCAAACAGUGCAAAUGAGAUUGGACCAAGUACAAGCGCGGCGGCAGCGAGUGUGAUCGGGCAAUCAAAUGAAAAAUCGGUACAACCAAGAGAUUCAGAGAGCAACGAAGACGAGCCACAUUCCAUGGAAAUAUCAUCAAUCUCUAUAGAUUAGAACGAUGGAGUCCAUUCUCUCAAUAUUCUUUGCUAGGCAAAGUACGUUUUAUAUAAUCGCAUUAAAGGAUUAGUUUAGAGGAUUAUUGUAAGGAUAUACCACAAAGUUAAUAAUAUGAUCGUUCUAUAUAUAAAAGUAUGCCAGUGACUGAAGAACAAUUAGAUUACUGCAUUAUUUUAAAUAUUAUCCAUGAGCUCUUAAGUUGUUAAAUAUAAUUGCUAUGAUGUACUUAUGUAUGUCUUAUAUGAAAAAUUUGCUUCUAAACAACAAUCAUUUAUUUAAUAUUACAAUAGAAAUCGCCUGAGUCUAUAAACUUAUUAAAUAUUGGUAUUGAAAUUUAAUCAACACAAUUGAUUUUGUCAUUAGCACCAUCCUCUAAUAGACUCUAAAGUGAUUACAUUAUGGAAAUUUAAUAUCAAAAAAUAGUUGUAGAAAAUAAUCAAUCAAACAAAACAAAAAUUGAUAAAAUAUAUAUUUGUACAUUUUUGAAUUUUACUAGUUUUGAACUAUUUUAAUAAUCCAAAUAUGUCCUUCUAGAGAAGGUUUGAAAAAUAUCAUUAACCUUAUUUUGCAUAAAAAGUUAAAUCAAUUACAUUGUUUAUAUAUGAAAAUGUUACAUAAAACAUUUGUUCAUUCUCCUACUUAGUACUUAUUCUCAUAUUUCUACUACUUCUUUUAUUGCGUUAAUAUAAAAAUAGCUAAUUAAACGAAAAUUCUAUAAACUUAUUGCUCACGUUUAACACGUAAAACCAAGCUUAUAAAAAAUAACACCAUAAAGAAUAUAAUCCAAAUGGAAAGCACGAAAAUAUCGUGGCCAUAUAAGUCGC